CAGACAUGGGAUCCCGGGAACUUCGUCAGCUGAACGCAGACAACAACGCGUGGCUCGGUCGGCCCGAGAACGAGGGUCAGACUAUUACUCUACAAAGAUUAAGAUCAGCUCAGAGAAGAGCUCAAGACACACAACAUCCUGAUGUCUCUGGGUUCAGAGCUCCUCCGCGGCAAUUAACAUCUGCCAGGGAGAGAAGCCGCUCUCCAAUAAGACCUGCACCGGCCCAAGACCCCCGACCAUCUGGGGGGAGCAGCUGGGAGAGUGCUGAGGCCAUCACACCUGAAUUCCACCAUCCUCGGCCUAUACCACCAAGCCGCAGGACCAGGGAGAUCCAGCCACCCAGGAGGUCUCCAAUACACCCUGGAGAACGCCUGUAUAACAUCUUAAUUCAGCUGCAGAGGAUGGGCACCAUGAGACCUCAGGCCAUACCACCGCCAGAGCCCCCAACACCGGCUCCACUGGGUGUGCCUCAUCAGCCUCCACCAAGCUGCAGGACCCAGCAAAUUGGAGCUCUCCCCACAAUUACCAUCAAAGCGGAGGAGCCACAGUCAUGUAUAAUCUGCCUGACUGAUUUCACUAAGGGCGAGCAGGUGACAUCUCUGCCUUGCGGCCACAUUUACCAUCACGCCUGCAUCACUCAGUGGCUCCAGAACAACCGCAGCUGUCCCCUAUGCCGCAGGGUUGCUUUUAACUAA